CUCGAAUCGUACAGCUUAUUGACGAUUCAUUCGUAUUGAUGAGUCUCGAGUGCAACCUCGCUUCCCUUGCUUUGGGGCUCACCACCGAUCUAGCGUGUCUCUACCAAGUUUGCGGCUUCUUGCAUCCUUGACAAGGCUAGCAUUCACCCAAGUGUCCAACAUUGCCUCACCUGCUCAUCUUCAUUCUGCUGGGCCCCAAAUUGGCUCGUUUUGAGCUCCCAUCCUCGCCACCAUGGCACCAGCGCCGCCGGUCACGUCUCCAGACAUAGCUCGUCUCACGCUGCACAAGCCUAUUCCGAUAGAGUAUCACCUCUACACCACGCCCUUUGCUCUCUUCUACCCUCUCCUGGCCUACGCUUACUUCAUUAAGUACGACAGCUGGAUCAAGAGCGAGGAGUGGACUUUCAUCUUUGUGGUUGGACUGGUAACCAGCCAUGCGUUGAGCUUUCUGAUCACCAAGUGGAGCAUCGGCGCGAGGGCGCUGCUCACCUGCAGACCUGCCAAGUGGCUGCAAGAUGCUUCCAUCGUGCGAGUCUUUCCUCACGCCCACAAGGGAGAGGGAGAGCUGGUUCCCUUGUCAUUCGUGACUCGCAAGGGCCUGCCCCAGGAGGUUUCUUUCACCUAUCAAGCGGACAAAUACAUCUUGACUCAGCCCGAUGCAAAAGCUCCCGUCACAUCGGUGCACACCUCGCCGCUGGUGACUGUGCCCACAUUCCGCCGACUUCCUUACCCAGCAGACUCUCAGCCCACCUUGUCCGCUUUCCAAUCCACCAAGGGCCAUGCGAGCGAGAGGGAAGUGGAAUUCGCGGAAGGUACCUUUGGGAAGAAUCUCUUCGACAUUCCGAGGCCUACCUUUCUGGGCCUCUUUGCUGAACAUGCGGUGGCUCCAUUCUUUGUGUUCCAAAUCUUUUGCGUGGGACUAUGGAUGCUCGACGAGUAUUGGUACUACUCGCUGUUCACCCUCUUCAUGCUCGUCGUGUUUGAGGCCACAGUGGUGUUCCAGCGUCUGCGUACUCUGAACGAGUUUCGUACCAUGUCCAUCCAGCCUUACCAAAUCCAAGUCCACCGUGCAGGCGCUUGGAAGGAAGUCAGCACCACCGAACUGUUGCCUGGCGAUGUUGUAUCUGUCACUCGCUCCAAAGAGGACUCUGCCACUCCUUGCGACCUGCUCCUGCUUGGUGGCAGCGCCAUCGUCAACGAGGCCAUGCUCUCGGGUGAAUCGACACCUCUUCUGAAAGAAGGCAUUGAGUUGCGGGAGGGCAGCGACAAGCUCGAUGUCAAUGGCAACGACAGAAACAAUGUCGUCUUCGGCGGCACAAAGGUCUUGCAGACCACCGCUCCUGGGGCACCUGGGGCUGCUGGUGAGGCUGCCGACCUCAAGUCUCCCGCGAACGCCUUGCAGCUUAAGACGCCAGAUGGCGGCGCGGCAGCUGUCGUGCUACGCACCGGCUUCGGCACGACUCAGGGUCAGCUCAUUCGUCUUAUGGUCUUCACAAAUGAAGGACGCGUCUCUGCUAACAAUCUCGAAGCUUUCCUCUUCAUUGGCUUCUUGCUAAUCUUUGCCAUCGCUGCGAGCUGGUAUGUCUGGACCCGCGGUAUGGAGAUGGGAAGACCCAAAGGCAAAUUGCUUCUGGACUGCGUCCUCAUCAUCACUUCAGUCGUCCCGCCCGAGCUGCCCAUGGAGCUCUCUAUGGCCGUCAACACAUCUCUCAUGGCUCUCGCCAAGUUUUCCAUCUUCUGCACCGAGCCUUUCAGGAUCCCCUACGCCGGAAGGGUCGACGUCUGCUGCUUCGACAAGACUGGAACGAUUACCGGAGAGGAUUUGGAGGUGCAAGGUGUUGCGCAGGUUGGUGCUCGCGGACCUGCGGACCUCAUCAAUCUCAAGGACACGAGCAAGGAGACUACCCUGACUCUAGCUUCUGCACAUGCGCUCGUACUUCUGGACGAUGGAGUGGUAGGCGAUCCGAUGGAAAAGACGACUCUGGAUGCUCUGCAGUGGACUCUGAACAAGGGCGAUCAACUAGCACCCAGCGAUAUCAAGACAGCUCGCCACCGAUUGGGUGUCAAUGUGCGACGACGCUUCCAAUUCUCUUCGGCUUUGAAGCGCAUGUCCACUUUGAGCUUUGUGCAGGACAACACUGGCUCUAGACGACUGUUCGCAAGUGUCAAGGGAGCGCCGGAAACGCUCAGAAGCAUGUACAAGAGUGUUCCCGCAGGCUACGACGAGACUUUCAAGGGCUUCACCAGGAGAGGCAGCCGUGUGCUCGCGCUUGGCUACAAGUACGUGGAUGGAGUUCAGCUGACGGCUGAUGGCGUGAACAAUCUCGGCCGAGGGGACGUGGAGAGCGGUUUGGAAUUCGCUGGCUUCCUCGUCUUCCAUUGCCCGCUCAAGCCGGACGCUAAGCAGACUCUGAAGGCUCUCAACGACUCGUCGCAUCGCAGCAUCAUGAUCACAGGUGACAAUCCGCUCACCGCUGUCCACGUCGCUACAGAAGUCGAGAUUGUGGAUCGUGAGACGCUCAUUUUGGACGUCAGAGAAGGGUCUUCGGACGAAAAGGACCUCGUUUGGAGGACUGUGGACGAACGAAAGAUCAUCCCUGUUCGAGCGGAGGACAAGCUGGACGAGACGCUCUUCGACACUUACGACAUUUGCAUGACUGGCGUUGCGCUGAGACAAUUUGUGGAGACAAAUCCUCAAGCGUGGCAAGUGCUUGUGCAGAACACAUGGGUCUAUGCGCGUGUCAGUCCUGCCCAGAAAGAGCUCAUUCUCAACACACUGAAGGGUCUCGGGUACGUGACACUCAUGGCUGGAGAUGGCACGAACGAUGUCGGCGCUCUCAAGGCUGCCAACAUUGGCAUUGCUUUGUUGGACGGAACGCCUGAAGAUCUGAAGAAGAUCUUUGAGCACCAAAGGAAUGAGCGCAACAAGAAGAUCUACGAGUCUCAACUCAAGCUCACUUCCAGAUGGGGCCAACCUCCGCCUCCAGUGCCUGCCGCCCUGAAGGAACUGUACCCCGAGCUGGAAAAAGCACGCGACGAGACCAUCAAACAGAUGCAACGCAAGCGCGUCGUUGACCCAACCGCUAAAUUCGACUUGAGCACGCUCACUGCAUCUAUGGCUGACAUGGACACCGACGCAGACGGACCACCACAAAUUAAGCUUGGAGACGCCUCCGUAGCUGCACCCUUCACUUCCAAGCUUUCGAACGUCGCUGCUAUCACGCACGUCAUCAGACAAGGAAGGUGCAGCUUGGUAUCCACCGUGCAGCAGUACAAAAUUCUUGGGCUCAACUGCCUGAUCCAGGCUUAUUCGCUCAGCGUCAUGUACCUAGACGGCAUCAAGUACGGUGACUAUCAAGUUACCAUCUCGGGCAUGCUCAUGAGCGUCUGCUUCUUGAUGAUUUCUCGAGCACAACCCAAUGAGAAAUUGUCCAAGGAACGACCUCUGGCAAAUAUCUUCAACUUCUACAUCAUCGCUUCCAUCCUUGGACAAUUUGCGCUGCACAUCGCCAGCAUGAGGUACAUCACCCAAUUGGUGCCGGUCUUUGAGGAACAAGAAAAGGUAGUGGAUCUGGAGAAGAAAUUUUCGCCCAGUCUGCUCAACACUGCCGUGUUCCUCAUCGGUCUCAGCCAACAAGUGUCCACGGUCAUUUCCAACUUUAUUGGUCAGCCGUGGAGGGAGAGCUUGUGGGCAAACACUACGAUGAGAUGGUCCUUGCUUGGCGCUUUUGGCGUCGCCUUUGGUGGUGCGCUGGAAAUCAUGCCGGAGCUCAACGAGUGGCUACAGCUCAUCAAGAUCCCCGACGCUUUCAAACUGCAUCUUGUGGCAGCUAUGAUCGUAGACUUUGCAGGAAGUCACAUCAUCGAAGAAGUGACUAGAAGAUUGUUGGCGCCCAGGACUAUUGGGGCCAUCGUGGCCAAAGGAAGGGAAAGACGUGAAGCUAGAAGAAAGGCCGAAUUGACGGCUCAACAGAACUUGGCCGGAAAUCUGCAGGAACUCGCAAAGGUGGCUAGUCAGCGCAAGACUCAGUAGGAUGCGUCCACUGCAAGAUUUGUGGGCAACAAUGUGUCGCAUCAUUAGAUUUGAAUUGAGCAACCAAGCUGGCGUACAUCUGACCACUUGUCUCGAGCAAGCACCUCGCGGGUCAAAAUUCGCAAGGUGUCAAUGUGAAUAUAUACUGGUCUGCAUGUCA